UCUCUAACGCGUUUCCUCUAUUUCUUCUUCCAUCUUCUCUCUUCGCUCUCUCUCUCUCUCUCUCUCUCUCUCUCUCUCUCUCCGGCGACGAUCUCAGAUUCCGGUCACUCCUCUCGCCGGCAGACCCGUACUCUUCUCUCCUCUGUCGAGUUCUUUCCGAUUCGAAUCGUUCCUAACCUUGCACCGCCAUGAAUCCUGAGUAUGACUAUUUGUUCAAACUUUUGCUAAUUGGCGAUUCUGGUGUAGGCAAAUCAUGUCUCCUCCUGAGGUUUGCUGAUGAUUCAUACCUUGACAGCUAUAUCAGUACCAUUGGAGUGGACUUUAAAAUCCGCACAGUGGAGCAGGAUGGGAAGACUAUUAAACUUCAAAUUUGGGACACUGCGGGUCAGGAACGUUUCCGGACAAUCACUAGCAGCUACUAUCGUGGGGCUCACGGCAUUAUUGUUGUUUAUGAUGUCACUGACCAAGAGAGCUUCAACAAUGUUAAGCAGUGGCUGAAUGAAAUUGACCGCUAUGCGAGUGAAAAUGUCAACAAGCUUCUAGUUGGAAACAAGUGCGAUCUCACGGCAAAUAAAGUUGUGUCCUAUGAGACAGCAAAGGCGUUUGCGGAUGAAAUUGGAAUACCAUUCAUGGAAACUAGUGCUAAAAAUGCCACCAAUGUGGAACAGGCUUUCAUGGCCAUGGCUGCUGAAAUAAAAAAUAGAAUGGCAAGCCAACCAGCGAGCAAUGCCAGGCCUCCGACAGUUCAAAUUCGGGGACAGCCAGUGAACCAGAAGUCUGGUUGCUGCUCGACUUAGAGACAAAGUAUUUGUGGUCUUAGACGUUUAUGUGUCUCAGUGGCAUGUAAAACUAGUUUUUCACAUAAUGCUUUAAUAUGAAGAUUGUUCGUCAUGAUUUGAUCCUUAUCGUUAAGUCUUUGUUGAAACUUCCAUUCUUUUCAAUGUAUUUGAUUUUCAAAAAACAUUUGUACAAAAUUAGGAAUAUUGGUGAAUAGCAGUAUUUGCCUUGUUCUUUGUCCCAUAUGCCCAUUUCACCUCAUAUCAACGCCCUCAAUCACUUGUCUCUGUAGGAGUAGAAUCUUGUUUAAUUGCAACCACUCUUGUAAGUUUAUGAAAUAAAAUAAUAGAAAACUGGAUUUUUUAUAUUUUGAAAAAUGUUCCCUUGU